AUGACUUCUUUCUUUCUUUCAUUUUCUUUUUCUUUCUUUCUUUCAUUUUCUUUUUCUUUCUUUCUUUCUUUCUUUCUUUCUUUCUUUCUUUCUUUCUUUCUUUUUUAUUUAUUUUCCCCUAUUCUUAUACUGUUCAGAUCAAUUGCUCUUUCUUUCUUUCUUCCUUCCUUCCUUUCUUUCUUUCUUCUUAUCUUUUCUGUUUCCUUUAUUUACUCUUAUCUUUUUACUAGGGUCUUCUUUUUUCUCAGCCAUUAUCACCCGUUCUUCCUUUACUUGUCUCUUUUUUUCAUUUUUGUCUUCUCUCAAUAUUAUCCUUUUUCCAUCUUUUCGUUGUUUCUAUUCUACACGUUGAAUUUUCUCUUUGUCGAUAUUCUUUUUAAAGAUUUAACAUACUUUUUUUUUACUAAUUUUUCUUUCUUUCUUUUUUUGUUUGCUUAUCGAGUAUUUGCUUUCAUUUAUUCUAAUAAUUUUUCAUUCUCCUUCAUUUUCUUUCUUCUUCAUCCUCCUUCCCCUCUUUCUCUUUUUCUUCCUUCUUCUCAUCUUUCGUGUUCUUUUUCUUCUGCUUCCUCCUCCUCCUCCAUCUCUUCUUCUGCUUCCUCCUCCCCUCCUCCUCCUCCUUCUUCUUCUUUAUCCUCCUUCCCCCUUUCUAUUUUUCCUCCUCCUCAUCUUUCGUUUUCUUUUUCUUCUGCUUCCUCCUCCUCCAUCUCUUCUUCCUCCUCCUCCCCUUCUCCUCCUCCUCCUCCUUCUUCUUCUUCUUCCAAUGGUACUCUUCUGUCCAUCAAGCUCCAGCCUGACAGACAGAUUGUUAGCAAUCGUGUGUCCGUGUCAUUCCACCGGUGA